AUGGCGGAGGUCGUCAAUGCUCGUACCUCGUUCGGCGGCGCAUCGCCUUCCCGAAAGCGCUCCGCCUCCCCUCCAGUCACCGACGAGCCAUCCACCGCCCUCACCACGACCGCAACCACAGACCUCACAGCCGCCGAGCCCCCAGCGAAAAAGACCAAGCUCAUCAGGCGGAAACGCCGACCAGCGCGGCCACAGAUUGACCCGUCAGCCCUGAAGAGCACCUCCGACCCGCCGCCACAGGUAGGGACUGUCUUCAACAUCUGGUACAACAAAUGGGCGGGCGGCGACCGUGAAGACGCCGCGCUCUCCAAGACCGCCGCUAUAAAUCGCUGCCACAUCAAAGAAGACGCAGGCUGGACUGCCGCAGACAAAGUCACCGGAAGUCAUUUCUGCCUCUUCUUCGCCCGAGGCAUCUGCCCUAAAGGCCACGAAUGCGAAUACCUGCAUCGCCUGCCAGGCAUAUUCGACCAUUUCAAUCCCAACGUCGACGUCUUCGGUCGCGACAAGCACAGCGAUUAUCGAGAUGAUAUGGGCGGCGUUGGAAGUUUUCUACGGCAGAAUCGAACACUGUAUAUUGGCCGGAUACACGUGACGGACGACAUAGAGGAGAUCGUUGCGCGGCAUUUCGCUGAGUGGGGUGAGGUCGAGCGAAUACGAGUCCUGACGGGCAGAGGUGUUGCAUUCGUGACAUAUGUGAAUGAAGGCAAUGCGCAGUUUGCGAAGGAAGCUAUGGCUCAUCAGGCGCUGGACAAUAGCGAGAUCUUGAAUGUUCGUUGGGCGACGGUGGACCCGAAUCCGCUGAGCCAGAAGCGGGAGGCUCAGAGAAUAGAGGAGCAGGCCGCGGAGGCUGUGAGGAGAGCUCUGGGCGAGAAGGCCGUGAAGCAGAUUGAGGGCAGGGAGACGCGAGAAGAGAAAGAGCAGAGAAGGAUCGAGAGCGGAUUUGGCCUGGAGGGAUACGAGGCACCCGAUGAGCUAUGGUACAAUGCGCAGAAACAAAGGGAGAUCGAAGGAGACAGAGUCGACAUCGAGCUCAUGCCCGAGUCGAAUGGUGCCGCUGCACAGUCGGAAGCUGAUGCUGGAGGCGGCAUCUUCGGCGCGUCAACACUUGCGGCUUUGAGUGGAAGAAACGGUACAUUGAAGGCCUCUGCACCGCCACCGUCCAAAGCACCCACAAUCGCGGCAGCGCCAGGACCGCUGGUGGGCUACGGUAGUGAUAGCGACGACGAAUGA